CCUCAAGGGUGUGUUCAGUGCAGUGGAGACCAGAGCCAGAGUAAAAUGAGAUCUGAAUUGGCAUUGGUAAUGCUUUUCAGUUGCCUGAUACAGCUUCUAGUGGCCCAAGAUGCUUUGGAAAAUGAACAGACACCGAUUCCAUGCCUAUCUGAUAGCGAAGAAGAAAUUGCCUAUGUGGAGCCAGGACAGUCAGCAAAAUUAAGGGACAUAAAUGAUGCCAUGAAGUGUGGCAUUCAUAUGAUCCUUCAAAUAAAGAAAAUUAUAGAUGAGGAUGGUAAUCUCUUGGUCGAGAAUAUCAAAGAUAAAUUCAUUGGUUCUGGCAAAGAAGAGAGUAUUCAGAAGGGUUUGUCAGCAUGUGUGGGAAUCGAAGGUGCCAAUCCCUGUGACAAGGCCUUCAAUAUCAUACAUUGCCUUGCAUCCUAUUCCAAAGCAUUUGUACCACUGACAACACCAUUCUUUCGUUAAGAUUCUGAAACCAAAUUACAAUAAAUAAAAAAAAAACUUUAUAA